AAAAUCGCAGACUUAUUUGAAGCGGUGCAGCGACUGCGGGGCGCCUAGCAGGGCCGCAUCUUUCCAGGCCGUCUGCGAGGGUGUCGCCGAUAUAAAUAGAUAUCCGCGUCCGCGCGAAGAUGCGGCCCUACGUUGGUGAGUUAUUUUCGAGAGGGAUUGCCACGCUCGUCACAGUUCUCGGCCUCAGUUCCAACGAGUUUCGUCUGGCAAGAAGCUGCUGCUUCUUCGGAUCGCACGACGAACAAACGCUGUUUACCUCGCGAGCAAAACGACACCGACACCGGUCGAUUGUCACGGUCCUCCGGUUCCGCUUUGUCCCCUUGUGUCUCUUAGCUCUGUCUCUGCAACGACGAUACCUAUGGAAAAGGACAGUUUCUUAGUCGGUGCUCUGUGAACUCGAUAAUAAUUAAUUGAAACACUUGGCCGGAUCGGCAACCUCCUGAAAUAAAUAGUGUUCGCUCAACAACUUAUGUUCUGCCGAAAAUAAAUACCGAUGAGCCAUUCGCCGAACUGUAACUGUGAGGAUCGAUCUACCUCGAGGAUCUACGUCGGUGCUACUGCCCUAGCGAUGCGAAUCGUUCCCGGCACCAGCCCUGGAAAUUAUAGACAAGCGUAUCGCUGAGAACCAGCUGAUAGCAGACGUCCUUGUGUCUAGGAGUGUAGAGAGUCGAGGAUGUUCAGCUCGUUGAGACUGACGACCAUGCGAUCGCACAAGAGCCGAGCCAGGCCUGGAAGCGUGGCCACAUCAGCCAGUUCCGACUCGGCCAGGGCAGAGGACCUUACUUCUCAGGUCUACCAUCCAGCCAGUUUCCUGCUCCUGGACGAUCCUGACAUCCCUGUUUCGGUGCCAUCCGGUGUGUCCUCCAAGGUCGCUCAAGUCAGGCUCGAACGGGAAGGCGGUAGCCUCGGUGUCACUCUCAGGGGCGGAGUCUCGAGGGCGUUGGUGGUCACCGGGGUGAAGUCCGACGGACCUGCGGCGAAAGAAGGAAGAGUCAGACCAGGGGAUAGGCUGUUGGCUGUCGAUGACACAGAACUGAGAGGUCUGACCCUGGCGGAGGCUCAGAGAGCGCUCAGAAGAAGUUCGGACGCGCCAGUAGCAUCUUUGACGAUCGAGUACGACGUCGCAAAUAUGGAAGAAGCUAGGGCAGCUACAUCCGGACCUCUCCUGGUACAGCUUGAACGCGGUUCUUCUGGAGAGCUCGGGUUGACAGUCAGAGAGACGGCGAACGGAGUUUACAUAGAGAGUCUACGACCGGCUAGCACGGCUGAUCGGUGCGGCGCUCUGCAACCGGGCGACAAACUUUUGGCAGUCGACGAGACGCCGAUUCAAGACGCUGUCAUGGCAGCGAAGCUGCUCAGGAAUAAUUUCGACAACUCUCGUAUCGCCAGACUGCAGAUCCUGCCUAGGCCACCCAGCGCCUCUCAGAGAACGAUCAAGAGGAGGGCGCAACCGCAGGCUCAGCAAUCAUCUAAUCAGACCCUCCAGACGAAAGAGAGUCUCACCAUCGUUCUGAGACCUGAUCAUAAGGGAUUUGGCCUGGCCUUAAAGCCUGCCGAUGAUCGUAUCGGCUACGUCGUCAGCCUUUUAGAGGCUGGAGGGCCAGCAGAACGCAGCGGGGUCCUGCUACCGGGCGACAAGGUCUUGGCGGUGAAUCGGAGGUUCCUGAGGGACCUGCAACCUGCCGAUGUCAACGCUAUACUGGAGACCUCGCAAGUUAUCGAAUUAAUGAUCGAGUACAAGGUCGGUGGACCGGUGGUGCCAAGCUCAGGGGUGUUCACUGUGCGAGUAGCGAGGCCUGUCGGAGGCCAACCGGACGUAGGUUUAACGGUGAACGAGGAUCUGAUCAUCACAGAGGUCCGCAAGGGGUCUUUAGCUUAUAGAACAGGCAGUCUAGCUCCUGGCGAUAGACUACUCGCGAUAGACGGACAAAAACUGGACCCCGGCGAUCUCAGACAAGCUGCGCAAUUGCUGCACCGACCAGGUAGUUCGGUCAUUGCGUUGACCGUCAGGAAACCGGACCCCGUUUCGGAGAAUAGAGACUCCAGUUUAGGAAGCGACACAGCUCAGCAAUAUUCUAGUGGACUUCAACGGCCAGCAAGGGGAAGUCUUCCUAGUGUGGACAGUGCUGUGGAUUCUUGGGGAGAGCUGGGAGAGAACAGUGGAGUGGGUCCAGAGAUUCUGAGACUAUGGGACACUGCAUCCGUGGACAGUGGUCAGCUGGAUUUGCCUAUGCCGCCUUACCCUGGACCGCAGGAGCGUAGUAGUUCAGACAGACCGCAGCAGAUAGUGCAUGUAUCUCUGCACAAGGAUCCGGUUUACGAGGACUUUGGGUUCUCGGUGUCUGAUGGAUUAUAUGAAAGGGGGGUCUACAUAAAUCGUCUGCGACCCGGUGGCCCUUGCGACGGUGUCCUCAGACCGUAUGACAGGAUCCUAAGAGUGAACGAGGCCAGUACCGAAGACUGUGACUGCUGUCUGGCUGUUCCCUUGAUUGCCGCAGCCGGUUCAAGGUUGGAUCUGACCAUCGCCAGACCGGUGUCUCCUGUUAACAUCAUGAAAACGCUAUAGGACAAGGGAUCAGAGAGCAACGUUGACGAUUCAACCUGAAUCGAUCAACGCGACGGUGGAGAUGGUUAUCUGGUUAUAUUUUUUUACACACCUGUAUUUUAUUUAUAAAAAUAAAUGUAUAGAUUGCUUUUAGCUAGAA